AUGCGCGAGGAUUUCCCGCCUGUAACCGGUCCGUAUGGUCCGCGCGACGAUUUCCGUCGCCGUAGUGACAGUCGCGAUAAUUACGACAUGCGAUUCCGCGGCCCACGUGGCCGUAGUCGCAGUCGCAGCCCUCGUCGCGGCCGCGGGGACUGGGAGUCUGGCCCGCGCUUCGACGAGUCGCGUCGCGACGCGCGUGCGUCAUCUUUACCAGAGCCGCUUGUGUCGUACAAAGUCUGGAUGAUGCGUCAAACGGACGAGUCACCACCUGAGGUGUAUCAGCAGCGCUACGAGGAGUACAAGAAGAAGCACGUGCAGCGUGUGUUGCGCGCCUUCUUCGAGCUGCACAAGCGCGACGAGUGGCUACAGGAGCGCUACUCGCCGGCGCUGCGUCACCGCGUGGAGAAGCAAAAGACCACACAGCAGAUGAACGAAGCCAAGCAAUUCGGCGAGCGCGUGCGGUCCGGCGCGGCCAAGAUCUGCCUGGACGAACAGCCGCCCGCAGAGAACGGCGUGAACCCGCUAGGCGAAGACUUUGCCAAUGACCUCGAGAACAGCGCGCGUGUGCUGUACGUGCGUCGCGUGCCAUGCGCGUGUCCUGUCGGCACCCUCAGUGAAGCCCUCAAGAAGGCCGGAGGACCCUACGUCUACUUGUACCUGUCGGAUCCAGUCAAGAAGAGCGCGUUCGACUUUGACCGCUCGGCGUACAUCAUCUACGAGAGCGCGGCCGCCGCUAGCGACGCCAUGCCCAAGAUCCACAACACUUUUGUGGAAGACGGCAACCAGUUCCCUCCUUUCCGUCUCCAGGUGUCUCCACAUCGCGCGCGUGCUCCGCUCAAGACUCCGUCGUACCUGUCUGUGCCUGAGCGUUUGACUGCCGACUUUAUGCAGUCUCUCACUCUUGCUAAGGCGCUGGACGCGCGUCUCUUCCAUGGGACGAAAGAGAAGCUGACGCGCUUCGGAAUUGAGGCCUUGCUGGCGUCCGAAGAAGUGACGCAGAACUACUCGAGUGAUAAACAGAAGCUGGACGUUGUCGUGGCAUACUUGCGCCGCGUACACCACUAUAUUUAUUAUGCAGGUGUGCAGUGUCUCGACAUGGGUGACAUCAUGCACGCUCACCCUGCGCUCUUCUGUCGUCCGCCGCCUUCUGCGCGCGAUAUCGAGGAAGAAAAGGCUCGACAGGAAGCCACAGCGAAGCCAGAGGCUGACGUCUCGACGGAAGAGAAUAAGGAUGACGCUGCGAAUACCGAAGAAGAAAAAGACACGACAGCGUCAGGAUCUUCUGGUGAGACUGCGAAGGCUAUCGGUGGAUGGGCCGCAGCGUUGGACGAAAAGGUGCAGACGUACCUGAAGGAAUUGGCACCUGACGUUGUGGAGGCGAAGCGUGCAAAGGAUCGUGCUCUGGUGGACGAAAUUGAAGCUCGUGAGGAGGCUGCGCUGGAAAGCACGUACUCGAACUAUGGCGAGAAGGCCAGUGAUGACGGGAAACACCGUUGCCGUCUGUGUACGAAGCUGUUCAAGGCUAUGGACUUCGUCAAGAAGCAUAUUCGUAACAAACACCCGGAGCUGGCGGUGGACAAGAUCGCCGAAGUGGGCGAGAGCUACAUGUGGGAGCAAUACCGUGAGGAUGAGCAGCACCCGAUGCCUCCUCUUGAGACUAGCAACAAUAUGCCUGGUGGUGCUGUGCUGGGUGGACGAGCGGGAGGAUCGAACGGAGGUCGCAAUGGCGGCGGUUACCGUGGACGACCUGAGAGAGAUUUUGGCGGAGGUGGCCGAGGAUUCUACCGCGACGAUGGCUACAGGGGUCGUGGCCCUCCCAUGCGUGAUGAUCGGAUGCGACGGGGCUCUUUUGACCGACCGCCACGCUCGCCUUCUCGGUUCAACGGCGGUGGCUACGGCCGCUCGCCCUCACGCGGACCUCCGUCUGGUGGCCCGCCUCGUGUUCCUGACAGCGAACUACCUGUGGAUCCUCGCCAGGUUUCGACGUCGUAUCGUGAUCUCGACAACUUGCAGGACACGAAGGUGGAGUUGAGCUUUGAUGCGCUUGACAGCUUGCCUCCCCCCAAGAAGAAAACCAAGGUGUGAUAGCAAUGUGCCGUCCCUUCAAUUGCGAGUGCAAUCACAGCUCAACCGAAUGCUGUAACGAGGCAAAGUACUGACAAUCAAAACCCGUCGAAAGUGGCGAAACAAAAUGAGGCAGCAGAAUCGAUUGCGGCAGUCGAACAAAGUGAGAACGACGGGGGAGUCUUCAUAUUAGUGGCGGCGCUGACUACGGAGAGGAAGCUGUUGCGAUAUGGCAUUUUGAAAGAGCUGUGUUGUAUGUGAAACCAAUAAAAACGACAAAGUGGC